CUCCUCACAUAUCCAUGUAUACACAUCUACACUACUAUAAAAAGGCCAAGCCAUGAUGAGAUUCUUCGACUGCAGCCAUGAAUCUCGCAUCCAUUCUGCUCCUCAUCACCCUCUCUCUCUACAUUCUCACAGCAGAAUCUGCAGAUCCUGCUGCAAAUCUCUGCAACAAUGACAGCAAAGCCAAUGGCACCAUAUCAAGAAACAUAGACACCUUACUGCCUAAACUAGUCUCCGGCACCAUCCAGAAUGGCUUCAUCGCCACCUCCUACGGCGGAGUCUACGGGCUCGCCCAAUGCAGAGGCGACGUCAGCAGCAGCGACUGCUCCUCGUGCAUCCAAGAUGCUGCAAAGGAGAUCAGAACUCUGUGUCCCAACCAAGCAGAUGCAAGAAUCUGGUAUGACUACUGCUUUCUGAGGUACAGCACCCAGAAAUUCUUCGGAGGAGUUGAUACCUGGGGAGUUUACUUGUACAACACGCAGAAUGUGAGUGAUCCCGAGGUUUUCAACAAGAAGUUGGCCUCGUUGAUGGAUGUGAUCAGCAAAGAGGCGGUUAGGACAUCGAGCAGGGGGCUGGGGCGAGGGAAGACCGAUGUUUCUGAGUUCGUUAGGCUUUACGCGUUGGUGCAGUGUACCAGAGACCUCUCUCAGAUCAACUGUGCUCAGUGUUUGGCCAUUGCUGUCAGCAAUUUCGCCACAUUUUGUGAUAAUAAGAGAGGCUGUCGCGUGCUUUACAGCAGCUGCUACGUUAGAUACGAGCUCUAUCCCUUCUUCUUCCCUCUUGAUUCUCAUGAAUCCUUGAAUUCGAGUUCUCAUCAGGACAAGUAUGAGAGGGUCAUGGCUGUCAAGAAUUGAUGUUGUAAUGUGUCUUUGUUGGGGCAGUUUGCACUUCAUCUUCUUGAAAUUUAGUGAUCAUAUUUUGAGUAAUGUUGUAUGUAAAAUAAUCUAGAAAUGUACUAGUAAUAAAUAAUUUGAGUGAUGUUGUAUUUCA